UGAUGUUAUGGGUGAUUUAUGAAUAUAUGAAUACAAAUAGUGGUUUUGUUUGGUAAUGUAUAACACAGGAUAGCUUAUUGAAAUUGUGUGAUAUUAUUACAAAGUGCGUAAAAAAGGAUUUUAACUAGAAACAUUCUGAUGGGAUAUUUAGUUGGAGGCACAACUUAAUAACUUCAAUCUGUUUUAUAAUUGUACAGGUUAGUUUCUGUAUAUCAUAAAAUAAUAACCUAUUAUUAAACAAAAUCAGAAUGUUGAAUUUUGACAAUAGUUCUGGUAAAUUUUUUGUUCAAAGUGACAGAGAUGAAAAUACUGAAUUUUUAAGUCGACAAAAAAGUGUUUUUGAAAAACUUGAUGCAGUUGUCAAAGAUUCAGAAAAGAACCUUGAGAAACAAAACUUUAAAAGGCCUGUUAUAUCUGAAGACAUAAGGACCCACAAAAGGCUGCGGCAUGAUACACGUCAAUUUAGAGGUCAAGAGAGCAUAUUUAAACGUCCUGAAGCUCCUCCACCAGCACGUUUUAAGAACAAUACACCUGACUAUCAAAGACAUCCUCAAAAAUGGACAAAAUACACGCUUAGUGAUGUUUCGCAAGAAGAUAUGUCAGAACAAAGUAAUACUGCUGCAGCCAUGUCAUUUCUACGGGAAUUGAAAGCAAAGAAAGAAAUGGAAUCAAUGGAAGUAGAUAGUGAAGUCAAGCAAAUUACAUUCAAGAAACCAUCAAAGCAUUUAGAACCCAUAGUGAGCAGUAGUGCCCAAUAUGAUUCACCAAGUUUUCGAAGCAGUAAGGUUGUUAUGCCAGAAUAUGUUGUUGGGGAGAAGAAAGCUUCAAAAAGAAAUUCAGCAAAACCUAAAGAAAAAACUGAAAAAUCCAAAGAAAUCAAACUGGACCAUUUGAAUGAAGAUGAUGAACUUUGAACAUUCACAUAGGCUACUCAACAUAUUUUUACUAUGUGAUUCAUUAUACUAUUGUAAAUAUCGUAUAAAAUUGAAAAAAGAAAACGUAGCCUAGCAGCUUAAAUGUCAACUGUAAAAAAAUUGUGUUUUUUCAUAUAGCUUAGAUUAAACACUGUUAGGCUUCAACAAUACAUUAAAUGAUAUUAUUAUCUAAAA